GCGCGUGCGCUGGGCAGUGUUCUUGGCCCUCUUUUUCAUUUACUCUUGCUGUUUCUUUCUUCGUUUUCUUGGCUCGAGUGACGAGCAGAGCUGGGAACGCUGGUAGGUUAUCAAACACACAAACACAAAGCCUCACCCGUGUUCUUGCGUGAGCCCGGCGAUGCUACAAGCUUGCCUGAGGCAGCCUGACAACGAAGCCGAGAGCUGGUUUGGGUGGCUAAUGAGACAUCACAUGAAGUGAGGAGACCAAAGAAAAUGUUUCCUGACACCUUAAUCCCAUUCUCAAGUCCCUUCAUCUCUGAAUAUUCAGAAUCUCCACCCCAACUCUGUCAACCUCAGUACCACUCUAUUUGGUACUUCCUGUACCAGGCAAGAACCACCACCAAUAAAUGUCCAGUUCCUCAAUUUGUCAAGGAUUUGAAGAUAACUGACAUGCUAUCCAACCAGUAAAAUGCUGUACUCCAGGGAUCCUCAUAGAGUCUGCAAAGGUUGGCUUUGACUCAUGGUGACCUUAUAUAGAACAGAACAAAAUAUUGCCUGGUCCUGUGCUGUCUUCAUGAUCAUUGGUGAGCCACGGUGGCUCAGUGGUUGAAGUGCUUGAGUGCUAACCGAAAGGUCUGCAGUUCAAAUCCACCAGCUACUCCUUGGGAGCAGGAAACGACAGCCUGCUUCCAGAAGGAUUUACAGCCUUGGAAACCAAAUGCAGUGGUUCUACUCUGUCCUCUUGGGUGGCUGUGAGUUGGAACUGACUCGACGGCAAUGGGUUUGGUUUUCGGUAUACUUAACACUUUACUGGCUUGAUACAUCAUCAGAGGCAUAGUCUUUCCAAGAAGGCUUAUCAGCUAUCUCCUUCUCCUUGUUCUGUAAACAUUUUGGUGCUCAACAGACAUUUUGCGGCUGCUACGAAGUAACACUGAUGCUAAUGAAGUAUGAAAACAGUGAAAGAUGAUGGUUACAUCACCCUUUUUCUGAAUGUUUUCUUCCUCAAUAUCACCUUUUUUGAAGCUGAAGAAGUGUCUCGGUGACAGUUACAAUAAGGUGCUGAAAAGCUGCAGAAGUAAUGAUAGGCCUGCAAAGAAAACAAAAAAAAGCCCCAAAGAAAAAGCAUCAGAUGAAAAAAAAGAUGAGAUAGAAAAAAUAAAGUCAUAUACCUAUAUGGAGGGCGAGCCUGAAGAUGAUGUCUAUUUACGACGCUUAUAUCCAAGACAGAUAUACGAGGUGGAGAAAGCUGUUCACCUACUUAAGAAAUACCAAAUUCUGGACUUCACUUAUCCAAAGCAAGGUGUUUAUCUUGAUUUGACGCUGGAUAUGUCACUGCAGAAGAAGAAAAAAGUGGAGCCAUUUGCCAGUGUUCUUAGUCUUCCAUACCCAUUCACUUCAGAAAUCAAUAAAGUUGCUGUAUUCACAGGGAAUGCAUUGGAGACUAAAAUAGCAGAAGAAAAUGGAGCUGCGUUUGCAGGAGGAACUAGUCUGAUUGAGAAGAUUUUGGCUGAUGAAGUUCACGCAGACUUUUAUGUAGCUGUUCCAGAAAUAAUGUCUGAGCUUAAUCCACUAAAGAAGAAACUAAAAAAAAGAUUUCCAAAGUCUAUUCGAAAAUCCAUUGGCCGUGACAUCCCCCAAAUGCUUGAAUUAUUUAAAACUGGACAUGAAAUUGAGGUAGAUGAAGAAAGGGAAAACUUUCUCAAGACCAAAAUAGCAACAUUGGAUAUGUCAAGUGACCAGAUAGCUGCCAAUCUGCAAGCCAUUAUCAAUGAUGUUUGUAGGCACAGACCACUGAGUUUGGGACCCUUUGUGGUACGUGCUUUCCUUCGUAGCUCAACAAGUGAAGGUUUGUUACUAAAGAUAGAGCCAUUGUUGCCUAAAGAAGUACAAACCAAAGAAAGUAAUAAAGAAGCUGCCUAAAAGUAUUGACUUAUGAAAUUAUUUUCAGUGGAUUAAGAAUCUACAGAGAAAACAGCAAAACUGCAUUAUUUCUAAGUUUGGUGUUCUCUUGUUAUUUCUGGAUUGUCAUACUUGAAAGUGAAUUUUAACACAGAAAAAUCUUACAGUAAUUUCCGAUAUAAGAAAAUAAAUUUUUUUCUGUCUAAACAUA